AUGGCUGCGACGGCCCACGCUAAUCUCUCCCUGCCGGGGUCGCCCGCGUUAGCGGGCCAUCCGGUGUUGACGGCUCUAGACUCGCAGCCCGAGACCCCCAACAGAGGUACCUUUGGCACGGAAUUCUUCAAGAUCUUCACCGGACCGAAAAAGGCCACGCGAGAUGGGGCUGCUCCUAAACGCCGCGGGCCUAAGCCCGAUAGUAAGCCCGCCAUGACGCGACGUCAGGAGCUUAACCGCCAAGCCCAGAGAACACAUCGCGAACGAAAGGAGCAGUACAUGCGAGCAUUAGAGACCGAAGUGUCGCGACUCCGCGAGGCAUACACCAAUGAAAUUUCCGAGGCCAAAGUCUCCAUUCAGCAACACCAGGAGAUGCUCAAGAAAUCAAGAUGUGAGAAUGAAAUCUUGAAAGAAAUUCUCUCCGCGCACGGCAUCAACUUUGCGCCAGACUUGGAGCAAAAGAUGGCGGAACGUGGCUCAAUGGGGGCAUUCCAGUCAAGUCCCGUCGCACCGAGCAGUACAGGAUCCAAUUCAGUCGCCUUCACCAACGCUACCAACAAUCUCCAAAACAUCACACCAGCUACAUCUAUCUCUCCAGGCCUCAGUCCGCAAGCCGUUCAUAGCGUGGAACAGCCCGAUCUAUCGGCCUCGAUGGGGUUUGUGCCGCAGCAAACAGUGUAUCAUGCCAGCCCUAUGGAGAAUAUUGCAAUGGACAGGUCUUCUGUCGGCCAGGGUGCAGAGCCCCCCGUGCCGGUGAUGCGAGGGGUUUUCGAGAAUGAUCCCCAGCUGCAAAUUGACUUUAUCUUGACACUCGAGGGACCUUGCCGCGAACAUACGGACUAUCUCUGCCGCCGCUCAAUCACCGAGGCCGACGACGAAGAUAUGCCCUUCUCCGGCCAUGCCUUGAUGGCCAGUUGUCCGCCACCCAGUUAUAUUGCCAACACAGCUCCAGAUCAAACCUAUCCUCACAAGACAUACGACCUUCCCCUGGCGAAUCUCAGUACACUGCUAAACCUGAGUCGCCAGCUUGUCACAGAUGGACAGAUCACACCAAUCAUGGCCCUACAGUGCCUCAAGAAUCAUGAACUCUAUCACUCCCUCCGUCGCGAAGACAUCAAGAUCAUCAUUGACACAUUGAACACCAAAGUCCGCUGCUAUGGAUUUGGGGCCGUUGUCGAAGACUUUGAGCUGAUUGAUUGCCUCAGCAGUGUGCUUGGUACGACGGUGGAUCUCAGCGUGGUUCGUGUCCGCGAUGACUCGAUCUAUGGGUGA